AUGAUUAAACAUCCAGAUACUGAUUAUAUUGAUCCUCUGGAUAUAGAGCUGAAAGAACAUCCAGUUCAUUGUUCACACGUUGAAGCAGAACCAGACUGUUUGCCAUGGUAUUUCGAUAUAAAAAAGUACUUGGAGUCCGAGAUUUAUCCUGAAGAUGCUACGUCCAAUCAGAAGAAGUCGAUACAUCGUAUGACUCUCAAUUUCUUUCUAAGUGGAGAAAUCCUGUAUAGGAGGACUACAAACUUAGGUCUUCUCAGAUGUGUUGAUGCUGUUGAAGCUGCGAAGCUUAUUGAACAGAUACAUGCCGGAAUUUGUGGCACGCAUAUGAUGGGCUCACUUUGGCAAGAAAGAUCCUUCGAUCCGAAAUGUCAUAAAUGUCAAGUGCACAGUGAUUUGAUCCGAGUGCCGCCUCACGAACUUAAUGUUAUGAGUUCACCUUGGCCAUUUGUAGCUUGGGGUAUGGAUGUUAUAGGUCCGAUAGAGCCAGCCGCUUCAAAUGGACACAAAUUCAUUUUGGUUGCUAUUGAUUACUUCACCAAAUGGGUGGAAGCAGUAUCGUACAAGUCGUUAACCGAGAAAGUUGUAGCUGAUUUUGUUUGCAACAAUCUUAUAUGCAGAUUUGGAGUGCCAGAAUCCGUCAUUACUAAUAAUGGUGCAAAUCUCAAUAGUCACUUGAUGAGAGAUAUUUGUGAACAAUUUAAGAUUACUCAUCGAAAUUCGAUCGCUUAUCGUCCUCAAAUGAAUAGAGCUGUAGAAGCCGCCAAUAAGAAUAUCAAGAAGAUUCUGAGAAAAAUUAUUGACAAUCACCGAGGUUGGCUUGAGAUGCUGCCAUAUGCUUUAUUGGGUUAUCAGACAAUUGUCAGAACGUCGAUUGGAGCUACUCCGUACUUGCUAGUAUAUGGAACAGAAGCAGUCAUACCUGCUGAAGUCGAAAUACCGUCUUUAAGGAUCAUCCAAGAAGCUGAGUUAAGUAAUGCUGAAUGGUUCAGCAAGCGGAUUGAUCAACUAACUUUGAUUGAUGAGAAGAGAAUGGUUGUCGUUUGUCAUGGGCAGUUGUAUCGACAGAGAAUGAUUUGUGCUUUUCACAAGAGAGUAAGAGUUAGAAUUUUCGAAAUCGGUGAGUUGGUAAUUAAGCGCAUUUUUCCUCAGGAAAAUUUGCACCAAACUGGCAAGGACCUUACAUGGUUCAUAAAGUAUUAUCUGGAGGUGUUUUGGUCCUGUCGGAUAUGGAUGGCACCGUAUGACCGAAACCAAUCAACUCAGAUGUUGUCAAGAGAUACUACGUGUGAAACUUCGGUUCGCAUUUCUGUUAUUUACUUGUAA